AUGGUGGUGGCAGCGGCGGUGGUUUACGGUGCGACUCGUGUGAGAUGGGUGGCAAUGAUCAAUCGGCCGAUGGUGGAAUCGAUGUUGCUGUUGGCUGGGAAAAGGGAUAGGUUUCAUAAAGUUCUUCACCAACUAUUCGAAGUUGAAGCGUGGAUGACGUUGAAUCUAAAGGUUUUGCUUGAUAGAUCCUCUUGGCGUAAAAUGGACUGGCGUAGUAGUCAUAUUGACCCUCCUAAAAAUGGAUACGAAGCAGAGGUCACAAUAUCUUCUGCCAAGGACUUGAAGAACAUCAACUGGCACCACGGCAAGCUAAGGACAUAUGUUGUUGUUUGGUUUGAUCCAAAAGCCAAGUGCUCUACCAAAGUCGAUGAGGAGGAUAACACGUGUCCUUACGGGGACAAAAAGCUUGUUAUUCCAUUCAACUCUCCGGUGGAGGAAUCAACCCUCUACGUGGACGUCAUGCAGGCCAACGCCGCUGAGGACACCAAGCCGCUGAUAGGCUCGUCUAAGUUUCCGCUACGGGAAGUGUUAGAAGACGUCGGAUUUUGGAACAGAUUGGAGAAGAAGCUCGGGCUCAAGCGUCCCUCUGGACGGCCACAAGGGAAAUUAGAAGUGAAUGUUACUGUGCGCUAG